CCGUGCGUCUUCCUCGGCCCUCACGACCUCGCUCGUCGCUGCCCCCGCACACCCGCGCUUCUUCCGUCCCUCCCGCUAAAUCCUUCCGUCCCUCCCGCCAAAUCGCGCCAUUUAGUCUCCAAAUCCAUUCGCUGCGCGCCAAAUCCAAGCCACCAUCCUAAAUCGCCCCCAAAUCCCAAACCCUAGAAGCAAAACGCGUUGAGGCGUCAAUCCAAGAGGACCUCUGCACCAACGCCUCUGGAGAUCCCGCCGCAAGGGGCUCCGCCCGUUCAACCACCAAGGGCUCAGCCCAUCCUCCCGCCUGGCUUCCCGUCCAUGGUUGGACCCGGCACUUGGUUUGCCCCACGUCCACCGCAGUCCAUGGUGAGCUCUUCUGUACCAUCAGGCAGCAAUGGAGGCUCUGCAGUUCCUCGUUCUUUGGCUGAGAAUGUUGCUGACACUGAUGUACAAGCAUGAACAAUAUAAUGCUUUUGAUGUGGUGAUGCUGCUGUUCUACUUCCAUCCUUCCAGUGACUGCUGGUUGAUGCAAAUCGGAUGGCUACUCCUAUUUACCAAAGUUCUAAUUAUGGUUGUGUGCCUUCUUUCAUCAUUUUCAUCUAUUUACCAAAGUUCCAAUUAUGGCUGCGUGCCUUCUUUCAACAUUUUCAUGUAAUUCAAUAACAAUGGCUUUGUGCCUUGUAUCGUUGUUUUCAUUUAGAUCAAUAACUAUGGCUUUAUGCCUUUUAUUAUUUAAAGAGUACUGUUGUAAUGGGCAAUUGUUGAUGUUGACGUGAAAUGACUUUAUC